AUGGUGAGAACUGCUAGCGACCACGGGUGGGAAACCAGGACAGGGCUGCAGAGAGCAGGAACGGCGUCGCAUAUCCUGCGACCGGCGCACUUUGCAGAGCUGAGCAUCGACAUGGCGUCGUCGGAUCCCCCCAGUCUGAGCCGGAACUCGUCCAAAUGCGCGUCUCCGCCCAAAUCUCUUCCCUUCCAAACGGUUAAACUGUCACCGAAAACAAGCAAAAUAUUUCCCAGUGGCUUUUCCAUCCCCGCGGCGAUGGUGCUGGCGGCCUCCCCUCUUCCAAACCAGUUUGCAGCCCCCUCCCCCCCUGCCGAAGUACCCGCCCCAUGCAUUUCUCCCCUACUCACAACCCCAACAGCGUCGUCCCAGGGAAAACGGGGUUCCGUCGUUAUCCCCAAGUCCAUGGACUGCCCCCUGCCUAUAUCCAUGCACCGAUCCAAGUAG